CCAGAAGCUUCUGCAAAGUGUCAGCGGUGGGGGCUGGUGGGGGCUCGCUUAUAAAAAGCCUGGGCGAGGCGAGUACCUUGGAACGCGUUUGCAAGAGUGUCAGAGCAGGGCACAAUCCCAGGCACUGCAGUGUGCAAAAGCCAAAAUGUCCAAGGGUCCAGCAGUAGGAAUUGAUCUGGGGACCACCUAUUCCUGCGUCGGGGUCUUCCAACAUGGGAAGGUGGAGAUCAUUGCCAACGACCAGGGCAACCGCACCACCCCCAGCUAUGUGGCCUUCACAGAUACUGAGCGCCUCAUCGGUGACGCUGCCAAGAACCAAGUGGCCAUGAACCCCACCAACACUGUCUUCGAUGCCAAACGCCUUAUUGGCCGCCGUUACGAUGACCCCGUGGUCCACUCCGACAUGAAGCAUUGGCCAUUCCAUGUGAUCAAUGAUGGGGGCCGUCCCAAAGUGCAAGUGGAGUACAAAGGCGAGACAAAAUCCUUCUAUGCGGAAGAGAUCUCCUCUAUGGUCCUCACCAAGAUGAAGGAAAUUGCAGAAGCCUACUUAGGCAAGACUGUUACCAAUGCAGUCAUCACAGUCCCGGCUUACUUCAACGAUUCCCAGAGACAGGCCACCAAGGAUGCUGGUACCAUUUCAGGCCUCAAUGUCCUUCGUAUCAUCAACGAACCUACAGCUGCUGCCAUAGCCUAUGGGCUGGAUAAAAAGGUGGGUGGCGAGCGCAAUGUCCUCAUCUUUGACCUGGGCGGUGGUACCUUUGAUGUGUCCAUCCUGACCAUUGAAGAUGGCAUCUUUGAGGUGAAGUCAACCGCUGGGGACACUCACUUAGGAGGCGAGGAUUUCGAUAACCGCAUGGUGAAUCACUUUGUGUCAGAGUUCAAGCGCAAGCACAAGAAGGACAUCACAGACAACAAGCGGGCAGUCCGACGCCUGCGAACGGCGUGUGAGCGGGCCAAGCGCACCCUCAGCUCCUCCACCCAGGCCUCCAUCGAGAUAGACUCGCUCUACGAAGGCAUUGACUUCUACACCUCCAUCACCCGGGCCCGCUUUGAAGAACUGAAUGCCGACCUUUUCCGGGGCACCUUGGAGCCCGUAGAGAAAGCCUUGCGUGACGCCAAGCUGGACAAAUCCCAGGUCCACGACAUUGUGCUCGUGGGAGGCUCAACCCGUAUUCCCAAGAUCCAAAAGCUUCUGCAGGACUUCUUCAACGGAAGAGAGCUCAACAAGAGCAUCAACCCCGACGAAGCAGUGGCUUAUGGAGCAGCUGUCCAGGCUGCCAUCCUUUGUGGUGACAAAUCCGAGAAUGUGCAGGAUCUGCUGCUGUUGGAUGUCACACCAUUGUCCCUGGGUAUUGAGACGGCCGGUGGGGUGAUGACAGCCCUCAUCAAGCGCAACACCACCAUCCCCACCAAGCAGACACAGACCUUCACCACUUACUCUGACAACCAGCCAGGAGUCCUCAUCCAAGUGUAUGAAGGAGAGCGUGCCAUGACCAAAGACAAUAACUUGCUGGGCAAGUUUGAAUUGACGGGGAUCCCCCCUGCUCCUCGGGGUGUCCCACAGAUUGAAGUCACCUUUGACAUUGAUGCCAACGGCAUCCUCAAUGUGUCUGCUGUUGACAAGAGCACUGGGAAGGAGAACAAAAUCACAAUCACUAACGAUAAAGGUCGUCUCAGCAAAGAAGAGAUUGAGCGUAUGGUGCAAGAGGCAGAGCAAUACAAGGCGGAGGAUGAAGUCCAGAGGGAAAAGAUUGCGGCCAAGAACUCCCUGGAGUCGCUGGCCUUCAACAUGAAGAGCACCGCAGAGGAUGAGAAGCUGAAGGACAAGCUGUCCCCGGAGGACAAGCAGAAGAUCCUGGACAAGUGCAAUGAGGUCAUUUCCUGGCUGGACAGGAACCAGAUGGCCGAAAAGGAUGAAUAUGAACAUCAGCAGAAGGAGCUGCAGAAUGUCUGCAAUCCCAUCAUUACCAAGCUGUACCAAGGAGCUGGGGGCAUGCCCGGAGGGAUGCCCGGAGGGAUGCCCGGUGGCUUCCCAGGAGCCGGAGGAGCUGGGGGCGGCUCUUCAGGCCCCACAAUUGAGGAGGUGGAUUAAGAGCCUCCCAAACCCUGCAUGGUUGCAGAGGGGACUCUGUGCAAGUUGUCUUGGAAGCUUCCUUCCCAUCCUGCUUCACUUCAGCUGCCUCCUUUUGCCCUUCUUCCCCCUCUGCACGAAUGGGGCUUCCUCACUCUCUUCCUUCCUGCACACUUCCGCUCUUUGUUACAAAAAUGGGCAUGUCUCCUCACUGCCAAACUGAGACGCUGAUGUCGUGUCCACAUGAAUAAAUUAUUGCACUUUUGUCAUCCUC